GACUCCACUGCUGCCACAGUGCUGUUUAGAAUGACUCAUCGGCAUCUGUGAUGAGUUCGAAGACAGUGGUGUCAUCUGCAAACCACUUCACAAACUUCAGGAGCUUGACAGAGGGGUCCUUGGCAGUGCAGUCAUUGGUAUACAGGGAGAAGAGUAGUGGGGAGAGCACACAUCCCUGGGGGCACCAGUGCUGAUUGUACAGGUGCUGGAACCGAUUUGCAUCUGAGAUUUGGUUUGCAAAACAGAAAACCACAGAGGAAUGGGAGAAAGGUUACAUGCAAAAUUAAGUACUGUAUAUUUCUGAGGACAAAAGACAUACAAGUAUUUGGACUAUAGAGUCAUCGUCUCUUCACCAGGUGUUAUUGAAUAAACUCAUGCUGGAAAUGCUGUCAGGGAUGAAGUGGUACAUCUGUGGCCUCCUGCUCAUUUUACCAGUGAAUUGCAAAACUGAUAAUAAUGGCAAUAAUUGUAAAGUAAAAAACAAAACAAAAGUUUGUCCUUUCACUACCCAAGAAUCCUCUAAUCUGGUCAUACUGGGUGCAGAUGGUUUCAUGGGAGUUAUGAAAACAGCUGAUUGUACUGAUGGUUCUUGGAAUGUCAGCAUGAAAAAUGUGUCACUUGUGUGUGAUUCUAAAGCAUUGGCAGACAACACAUCCAAGAUCACGGUUUUUUCAUUCAAUGGCAGUGACAACUGUACAGCAAACACCUCUUCAUAUUCUAGUACAUCAGUUAACACAUACUGCAGUGACUCUGGUGUGUAUUUGACAAAAAAUACCUCAGAUGAUUAUCUGAUCAGCAUUAACAGAAACAUUAUACCCACAUUUGUCUGUUUAAUUGAGGGGAACUGCACAAAUAACACCUGGUCAAACUGGAUUACAAAAGGUUGCAAUUGGACCAACUUAACUCACAACAACACAUGUAAAAUGACCUGCCUGGAUCCCACAAAGACAUGCGAGAGUGCACAAUAUGAUCCCGGCUGUAGAGAUGAUAAUGCAAGUGAUGAGAGAAAGGUGAACACCAUUAAGAUCACAAAUCAAAAUGGAGCUUGUUUCAAGUGUGGAGGUCCUUUUCAAAAUUUGAUAUCAGUGAAAGCACCAGCAGAAAUGGAAAGUCUGUUUAAUAAAACAGAGAUAAAUGCUGUGGCAGCUGCUGGGGCUAUGAAAAAUCUCUCCAACCUGCUGUCCCUGAUGGGGAAUUUAACCAUAGCAGCUGUGUCCAUGGGUAACAUUCAAGGCGUUUUAAAGAAAAUUGAAUCUGAGUCUGAUAUCACAAAAUCUGCUUUCAUCUACACUUCAAACACCGGAAUCAAAGUUAUAGAGGAUUUUGCAGAACUGGAAAAAUAUCCCAAUGCAUUUAUUGUUCCGGAAGAAGCCACACUGAAAGCAUUCAACCAAACCUCAGGAAAAGCUCUUCUGGGUCUGUUCCGAUUUCCCAACAUGACAAAGGAUGAAAACAACAGUGAUAUUUUGAAUGAUGAAGUUUAUGCGAUUGAAAUGGGGACAAAGAUUUCUAAUUUAAGUAAAGGCAUUGAGUUAAGCUUCCAAAAAAUACAGGAUGCAAAGUUUACUCCUACCUGUCAUGCAUGGGAUGGAAGUGGAGAUAAGCCUAACUGGUCUACUGAUGGGUGUAAUACUACUAUUGAAAAAGACAAGGUCACUUGUAAAUGUGAACACUUGACUUUCUUCGCUGUGCUUAUGGCUCCUGUUAAAGAAAUCCCUUCACAAGAUCUCAUAAGUCUCACAUACAUCACCUACAUCGGCUGUGGCCUGUCCAUGUUCUUCCUGGGCAUCGGGCUCUUCAUGCACUUUCUCUUGAGGAGAGCAAAAGCCAGUAACUCAGUCCGCGUGUUGAUCAAUGUCUUUGUGGCAUUGUUCCUGCUUAACGUGGCCUUCCUGUCCAAUGAGUAUGUAGCACGUGCGAGGGACCUCGCCUCCUGCCGGAUCAUGGCUGGAUUCCUGCAUUACAGCCUACUGGCCAGUUUCACCUGGUUUGGUCUGGAGGCUUUUCACCUCUGCUUGCAAAUGUCCAAAUACUCGGUCACCAUCAAACACUACAUUAUCAAGAUGACUGUGGCUGGGUGGGUUCCUCCUGCUAUUGUUGUGACCAUCAUUUUCUUCUUUGGCAAAUACGGUGAACAGACCAUAUAUACGGACACAGGCAAUAAUGUAACCAUGUGCUGGAUUGUAGACAUCAAUGUCCACUACAUUGUGAACAUCGGUUACUACAGCUUCAUCUUCAUCUUCACCUUCAGCAUCUUCAUUGUGGUGCUGCGGUGGCUCUGCAUGCUGAGGGCAAACAAGUGUAAUGGGACUGACAAAGUGAAGCGCUCAGGAACGGCCAACUCUGACAUCACCACCGCCAUGGGGCUCUGCUGUCUCUUGGGACUCACCUGGGGCUUCACGUUCUUCAGCUAUGGAGCUAUGCAAAUACCCUCAUACUACAUCUCUACCAUACUGAACUCCUUUCAAGGAUUCUUCUUGUUCAUAUAUUACCUGAAAUCAAGCACCUUAUUUGGAGAAGCUGCACCUUCAAACCAGAGCAGCUUGUCAGAGGAGACCAAAACAGAAAAUCCAUAUGACAACCAACUGUCAACAACCACCACAAAGUCCUGUGACUAAUAAGACACCUUUAUAUUGUAUCUGCAAAUUUGAAAUGUCAUAUCUGUCUAUUGAUAUUUACGUAUAUGAUAGGAAUAUACACUACUAAAACAUGUUUUGUCAGGUAACCCAAAAAAUGUGUUUCAUGUUGUAAUAUUUAUAUUAACUUGUGUAUUUCAAGUUAAAAUCAACCAGAAUACAUUAGGUUACACCAAAGCAAUGCAAUGGUUAGAUGAAAUAGAAAUAGAUCUUUAAAGUGACAUUUUUAAUUGCACUUCACCACUUUUUCACAGUGUAGAUAUCUGUUUACACUAUUGAUAUUCAUUAUUUUAUUACUGAGAGUCAACAGUAAGGUCAACCCUUUUAGAAUUUCCACAAGCUGAGCUGUUGGAUUACCAACACCCCCUUUUUUGCAAAACCUUGCACUCCAAAGAUAACAAAUGAGACCGAUAUCAAGUGGAAACAGUUGUCAAAAACAACAGCAACAAAAUAGCACCCUCCACUGACAACUGUUAAAAACAGCAUGACAGUAAAAUGACAUUAAGUCUCAAUAAUCUGCUGCAACUACAAUACUAUGAGAACAUGCUAAAUGAUUAACAAGCAGAAAGUGCCAGAGACCACGGCCCGCAGACACAUUUUUGUUUGCUGUUUACAGAGUCUAGAGCUGUCACAGAGAAAGGUUGCGAUAUCUCACAACACUUAUUUCAUACGUUUCCAUUUACAAAAAUGGUUUACAGCACCUUUAAUUUUUUUAAUACUCCCAGUGAACAACUUUACGGAAUGAAUACCUUUAUCUUUAAUGUUUUUAGGCAAUGCAAAUCACUAAACUUGCUGUAUUAGAGGAUUGGACAAAAUUCUGACUUUUGGUUCCAUUUCAGUUCAUGAGUUGGAAAUUUCUAUACAUUAAAAGACACAUUUUUAAAUAAAAUGAAUUAUAGAUAUACUGCAAUUUAAAUACAUAUUUCUAUAUUUAAAACAUUGAUUAUUAAAAUAAUCUAAAAAUAGUCCAUAUGUUAAAAACUGUGCAUUCUGUUUAAAUUCAUGUGAAGCAGUCAAUGGAAAGGAGGAGGCGAGAACCGGCUUGACGAUAUAAAUUUUAAUGAGAAACAUCUCUCUCUACACACACACACACACACACACACACACACAUAUAUAUGAUGGACAUCUCUCUCUUCCGCACAAUCCUCCGCAGUCGGCCUUUAUCCCUCUCUGAGGCUUGAUUAGCCUGAUAAAGGACCCUGCCACACUCCUCCCUCGUUCUCUCAGGCAGGGGAGCCCCCGGCAUGACCUACUCCUAUAUAAUUUAUUAUUGACUGCAGUUAAAUGUAAAAGGCUGCUUCAUAUUAAACAUAGCAUAAUACUGUCCUACUGAUGUAUUUAUCUGUACAUUAUAAAUAAUUGUUUGUAUUAAAUUUUUUAUUUCUGCAACACACAAUUCCCACAAUUGGGAUAAUUGGACAGGAAUGUUGGUCAAAGUGGUGUUAGGAUCUUUUUAAUCAGCUUGCCUUGAUAAUUGUUUUGCUUCUAAGAAAAUGUUACCUUAGUCUAUUAGUGUGUGUGUGUGUGUGUGUGUGUGUGUAUGUGUGAGCGUGUAUUUAUCACUUUGUGGGGACCAAAUGUCCCCAUAAGGAUAGUAAAACCCGAAAUUUUUGACCUUGUGGGGACAUUUUGUCGGUCCCCAUGAGGAAAACAGCUUAUAAAUCAUACUAAAUUAUGUUUUUUGAAAAUGUAAAAAUGCAGAAAGUUUUCUGUGAGGGUUAGGUUUAGGGGUAGGGUUAGGUUUAGGGGAUAGAAUAUAAAGUUUGUACAGUAUAAAAACCAUUAUGUCUAUGGAAAGUCCCCAUAAAACAUGGAAACACAACAUGUGUGUGUGUGUGUGUGUGUGUGUGUGUGUGUGUGUUCAGGAGAUUAUUUUCCUCCUGCCAGUCUGUUAUUGUAAAUGUUGAUGUAUCUUUUACCUUUCCUAUUAGAUUGAUAGUACUGAUUUUACACCGUCCUGCUGGUUUGUCUUUGCAUAAAAUUAAUCAAAUACCUGCCUCACACAAGAACACGGUUUAUUGUAAUGUAAAAGCAAAAAAUGUUUGUGUAAGUGGCACCUUUUCAUAUUUUACAUAAUUCUAAACUUAAAAUCUGAUACGAUUUUGUUCAUAGCACUUGAAGUCUGGAACUUUUGUCUUUGUGUUUUUAUUAAUAUGCAUAAAAUAUUGCUAGUAAUAAAAAAAAGGUUUUUUAUUCAAUAAACAACAGAUAUAUAUGGAUUUGAAAUUCCGUCAGAAAUGUUCUUCAUCUUCUUUUGGAUAUCUGGUGGAAAUUUUUCAUUAAUAAAUGUAUUUACUUUACACCACAGUGUAACCGAAUGAAUGCAAUGCCAAAAUAAAUGCAGAGCAGUUUCAUAGUA